AUGCUGCGCUGGCUGCGGGGUUUCGUGCUGCCUGCGGCGGCCUGCCAGGAGGAUGAUGACUCCUUCCGCUACGAGGUCCUCUUCGAGGACCUGGACCACAAUGGAGACGGCGUGGUGGACAUCCACGAGCUCCGGGAGGGGCUGAAAAACUGGAGUUCCUCGUUUGGCCUGAAUUCGGAGACGGAAAUUUUUAAGGCCGGAGAUACCAAUGAUGAUUCAGGAUUGGACUUUGUAGAAUUUGCACGGUACCUUCAAGACCAUGAGAAAAAAAUGAAGCUGGCAUUUAAUAGUCUGGACAAAAAUAAAGAUGGAGUAAUAGAAGCUUCAGAAGUAGUUGCUGCAUUGAAAUCACUGGGUUUACAUGUUUCUGAAGCUCAGGCAAACACGAUUCUGAAAAGCAUGGAUAGUGAUGGGUCAAUGACAGUAGACUGGGAUGAAUGGAGUGACUACUUUUUACUUCACCCUGCUAGAAAUAUUGAUGAAAUUAUUUAUUUCUGGAAGCGUUCUACUAUAAUUGACAUAGGGGAGAGUAUAACUAUUCCAGAUGAAUUUACUGAAGAAGAAAAGCGGUCUGGAGAUUGGUGGAAGCGUUUGGUGGCAGCAGGAAUAGCUAGCGCAGUUGCACGUACAUUCACAGCACCCUUCGAUCGUUUGAAAGUCAUGAUGCAGGUUCAUAGUUUAAAGUCCAGAAGAAUGAAAUUGAUUAGUGGGUUUGAGCAGAUGGUAAAAGAAGGAGGAAUUCUUUCUCUUUGGAGAGGAAAUGGUGUAAAUGUUUUAAAAAUUGCACCAGAGACGGCACUCAAGAUCGGAGCCUAUGAACAGUAUAAGAAGUGGCUUAGUUUUGGUGGUGCUCAAUUAGGAAUUCUUGAAAGAUUUAUAUCUGGUUCAUUGGCUGGUGCAACUGCCCAGACCUGUAUUUACCCCAUGGAGGUAUUAAAGACCAGACUGGCUGUAGCUAACACUGGAGAGUAUUCAGGGAUUAUUGAUUGUGGCAAGAAGCUUCUGAAACAGGAGGGUGUCAGAUCCUUUUUCAAAGGUUAUAUUCCUAACUUGCUAGGUAUUAUACCUUAUGCAGGCUUAGAUCUUGCUGUUUAUGAGCUUUUGAAGAAUUAUUGGCUAGAUCAUUAUUCAGAAAACUCCAUAAAUCCUGGGAUAAUGAUUUUGCUGGGAUGUAGUACAUUGUCUCACACUUGUGGUCAGUUAGCCAGCUUUCCUCUGAACCUUAUUAGAACUCGGAUGCAGGCUGAAGCCCUGGUGGAAAAAGAAACAACACCUAUGAUUCAGCUCAUUCAAGAUAUAUAUAAGAAAGAAGGAAAAAGGGGAUUUUUCCGGGGUAUCACCCCAAACAUCAUAAAGCUGCUUCCUGCAGUGGGCAUCGGCUGUGUGGCUUAUGAAAAAGUGAAACCACAUUUGGGAUUAACCUAG